AUGUCCUCCCAGGUCAGACUGAGGCUGCUGCCGAGCGCCAGGUGUUUGUUCGAUGAGCCCGUUCAGGUGAAGGUGGCCGGGUUGAGGUCGAGGCAGGUGGUCACCAUGAGAGCCAGGUCAACGGAUGAGAAGGGAGUGACGUUCAGCUCCUCGGCCACCUACAGGGCUGAUGGGAGCGGGGAGAUCGACCUGGACAGAGACCCCUCACUCAGAGGGAGCUACGUCGGGGUUGAACCCAUGGGUCUGCUGUGGUCGCUGAAGGCGGACUCCUUACACAAAAUGUUUCAAAAAAGUAAUUCACUAAACCCCCAUGUGGUGAAGUUCUCUGUGCAUGAGGAGGAGGAGGAGGGCAGGAUGCUGGCAGAGGCGAUCAAUGAGAGGUUUCUGAUGGGGGAUGGAGUCAGUCGGUGCCCUGUCAAAGAGGGGAACCUUCGUGGAGUCCUGUUUACUCCCCCAGGAGAUGGUCCGUUUCCUGCUGUGUUGGAUCUGUGCUCCUUUCCGUGUGAGAAAAGAGCCUCUCUGUUGGCCAACAGAGGGUUUAUGGUUCUGACAGUAGCUGUGUUCAAUGAUAAGCUCGCCAACAUUAAAGAGUUACAUCUCGACCAUUUUGAAGAGGCAGUUGAUUUCCUAAAACAACAUCCUAAGGUGGGCAGCAAAGGAGUUGGUGUAGUAUCUCGAUCAAAGGGAGCAGACAUCGCGCUCUCACUUGCUUCUUUUGUGUCAGGUGUUGAGGCCACAGUGUGGAUUAACGGCUGCAGCGCCAAUGCAGCCGUUCCUCUCUUCUAUAAGAACCGGCAGAUCCUCUCACCAUUACUGUUUGACUCCAGCAAAAUAAUUCUCACUGAAUCAGGUGCCAGCAUAAUAAAGUAUGGCGUGAGCAAUCCUCUGGCAGAGGAGAACAGGGGCAGCCUGGUUCCCAUUGAACAAACCAGGGGAUGUUUCCUCUUUGUGGCUGGAGAUGACGACCUCAACUGGGACAGCAAGGGUUACAUGGAGGAGAUGGUGGAGAGAUUGAAGCGUCAUGGGAAGAAAAAUGUUCAGAGUGUGAGUUACCCUAGAGCGGGACAUCAACUAGAGCCACCUUAUGGGCCCUACUACCCCUCCAGCUUUCAUGGGGUUAUGGGUAGACCAGUCAUGUGGGGGGGUGAGCCCAGGUCCCACGUAGCAGCUGAAGUCCAUAUGUGGAAGAAGAUCCAGGAGUUCUUCAGAACUCACCUGAGCUGUGAUGCUGCACAGACUAAAGCCAAGUUACAGACUCAAAUAAGAUGAAAGGAAAGAUUUAGGAACAAGUAACAACAUUAGAGCAUGAUGGCUGCAUUUAAUCAAAGAUAACUGCUGUAUUAAUGACAGCAUUUGAGAUUGCUGGUUACAUACCUCAUGUAUUGUAAGGUUUUUACCAAUCAAAACACAGUGUUACGCUGUGCAUGUGUAAAUGGGCAUUUGUGGUGUCUCCUCAUGGUGUGGGAUCAGUGAUUUCAGGCUCAGGUGUACCAUGACAGAUUAGGGAUUGGAAUUAUGAGUUUGUUUAACUCAGCAUUCAGCAUGCUGCUAAAUUAACUGUAGAUAAUCAUGUUUUAUGGUUUAAUGUUCUGUACUGAAUGGAACAAUUUGAUAUUUGACUGAUGUUUGAUUAUAUCAUGUAUUGGCAGGCUUAUCAUUUAAAAGGGAAAAUAAUGACAGGAUGUAUGUACUGUAGUUCAAAAUAAACUGAAAAAAUGGGAA